CAUUGGAAUAUUCCGCAGUGCAUACAAAGAAAGUUAGAGCGAGCGAGGAACAAGAGUAGACUCGAAACUCGAAAAGAGAGAAAGAGGUUGGUUUCGCCGGCGUUGAACACUAAAGAAAAGCGGUUAACUCUUCCUUUCUCCUCCUCCGAUCUGCACGACCAUGCCUUCCCGGAGAAGAACCUUGUUGAAAGUCAUCAUUCUCGGUGACAGCGGGGUUGGGAAGACUUCUUUGAUGAACCAAUAUGUGAAUAGGAAGUUUAGCAAUCAGUACAAGGCUACCAUUGGAGCCGAUUUCUUAACCAAAGAAGUGCAGUUUGAAGAUAGGCUUUUCACCUUGCAGAUUUGGGAUACAGCUGGCCAGGAAAGAUUCCAAAGCCUAGGAGUUGCUUUCUAUCGUGGUGCUGAUUGCUGUGUUCUUGUAUAUGAUGUUAAUUCAAUGAAAUCAUUUGACAACCUUAACAACUGGAGGGAAGAAUUUCUCAUUCAAGCUAGUCCUUCCGAUCCAGAGAAUUUUCCUUUUGUUGUUAUAGGAAACAAGAUAGAUAUUGAUGGUGGGAACAGUAGAGUGGUUUCAGAAAAGAAGGCUCGUGCUUGGUGUGCAUCAAAAGGAAAUAUCCCUUAUUUUGAGACAUCUGCCAAAGAAGGUAUUAAUGUUGAAGAAGCAUUCCAAUGCAUAGCGAAGAAUGCCCUGAAAAGUGGGGAAGAGGAAGAACUAUAUCUGCCAGACACUAUUGAUGUUGGAAACAGCAGUCAACAGCGGGCAUCAGGAUGCGAGUGCUGAAUGUAUAGAUUUUCUUUUCAAUACAAAAAAUAAGUUAUAUUACUUAAAUGUGAUUCCGUCUAGACAUUGCUGUCUAUGAGGCUUUCAUUGUACAUUCCUCAAGAAACAAAUUGGUCCUAUGUUAUCUGUUGGGUGCAUGUUUGGUUUGUGUUCAUCAAUCUUGUAAGGUGUUCCGUUAUUGUGAAGUAACUGUGUGAGACCAUUCCGAAGUUAUUUAUUUCAUUGCCUAUUUUUCUUAA